AUGCCUCCCAAGCCCACCCUGCUCCGCCCGAGCCCGGAGUACCUCGCUAAGAAGCGCAGCGAAGAGGGAAAGGCCAAAAAGGCUGCGAUCCAGCCGCGAGACGACUCGGUCGACGUCGCUCUCUGUGUCACCGGCGGCGGGUUGGUGCCGCCCGCUGAGAUGCUGGGCGUCUUUCGAGGCUUUGCAAAGAAGGAGGUGGAGCAGCGCCGACCCGAUGCAUGCUCGAAGAACGCGCUCGACAACUUCGACAUCAUCUCUGGCGCUUCGGGUGGCUAUCUCGCGUCCACCAUGCACGCUACUGCUGCCUCCACCGCCAUCGCCCAUAAACGGUCGUCACUCCACCUUGCCGCGAGUAGGUACUGCUACUCCCAGUGCGACCCGGCCAAAUAUCUCGAGACUUCCCGCGUGACGCGCCCCUGCGAGAUCACGCCCGCCUGCAUGGAGCGGCUCGAGCCGGUGAGCAAGGAGUACGGCUCGUAUGGAAGCAUCCUGCACCAGCCCGGCCUGUGCUGCGCGGGCACCGAGGCGUGCCAGUCGCAGUGCUGCUUCCCCGACAGGGGGGCAGACUGCCCACACCCUUCCCUCGCCCUCACAGGCUUUCCGUACCGCAUCCUCACUUGCGGAAAGUGCCCGUUCCGCGCGAGCUGGCCCCUCGCCUGCGGCGACCCGGCCAUCUUCAUCGAGUUUAUGUGGCACACCCUUCUCGACCCCAUCGGCAUCAAAAAGGGCAUGUACACGGCGGCCAGCGAGGCGCCCGCGCACCACAACCCUCGCCUCACGACCGAGAAGAAAGAGUACGUCUGGCCGCGGAAGGAGUCGCCGACGCCGGUGGGCAUCUCGACCAUGGCCUCGCUGAGCAAUGUGAGCCCCUACCAGUACACCGGCCCGUUGUACACUUGGCUCGCGUGGAACGAGUCUGUAGAGAUCUCAAAGAAGAUGGCGAAAAACAACGACCCGUUUGUGCCCAAGCGCCCCCUCGAGGCAGGCCAGCAGCGGCAAGAGGCCAACCCGACUGCGCUCGUGGACUUGAAUUCGCGGGAUCCGGACCUGCUGUCUGCUGAUUACGAGCUCCAGCUGGGCGAGGGCGUCAAGCAGGCCCUUGACUUCCAGUGGGGCACGACAGGGAUCAGCGAGUACAAGGAGUACAAAUUUGCACAGCCCGGCAACGCGCUCGGAAUCUCCGUCGUGCCGUUUGUCUUCACCCCGGGCUCUGUCGAGACCAAGUACACUGCGGUGAACAAGGACGGCAGCAGCAAGGUCGUCAUCCCGCCCGUGGGGAUGUGGAUGAUCUGCGGCGGCCCCUGGUGCAGCAGCAUGUGGCUCAAGGACGACGUCUGCGGCUGGGGGAUCCUCGGGCGCGAGGCGGACUUCUCCGCCGUCCGCGUCAAGGCCAACGAGGACUUCGUGCUCGCGCCCGACUUUGUCCCGUACGGCCACUCGCCUGGCGCGCCUCACCUCUCGCCUGAGACCACGAUCGGCAUGGGCGGCGACGCAUUCGGUAUUCCCGCGGUGGUCUUGCCGGGCCUCUGCUGCGGCCUCUGCCCCUGCGUCGGCAGCCUCUUCUGCUGCCCCCUGCGCGAGUUCGACGCGCGCCGCUCAGUGUCGCUCAAGAUCCGCACGAAUCCGGCCGACGCCUCCGAGACUGUCCUCUUCUCGGACGGCGGACUGCUCGACAACACGGCGGUGGUCUCCAUCCUCACAAACAUCAGCGCGCCCUACGUGGAAGACUUCUUCAAUGACCAAAGAAAGGUCAUCAAGCCCGAGUUGGCCGCCCUCUUUGGCAUCGUGUACCAAGAGCCGCCGGCCGCUCUCAAGUAUGGCGCGAUAGCCCCCCCCUCCAACGGGCUCACCCCGCAGCUCUGCCACGGGUUGCGCAACACCUGUUCGUACUACCUAAACACGUCGGCGGCGGACUGCUUCGGGCUCGGAAACGUCGUCGAUGCGGGGGUUGCGCCGUUCUACCUCCUGGCCCACAUCUUCGACAACACGGCCGGGGCCUUUGACGUCGACGCGAUGCUGCCGAUCGUCAACAAGCUCCCGAAGAGCGGCAAGCCCUACACCAGAGUCGAUCUCGAGGCGAUGACGCCCUACAAGUUGCUCGUCACGCAGUUCGAUGACCGCCACAAGUGCGGCAAGGCCAUCGCUGGCACCCUCAAGGGCCUAAAGGUGCUCGACAACCCGUACUUCGGGACCAAGAAAGACCAGAAGGACGUCGACCUCACGGUGGUCGUGCUCGAUCAGCCUAAGAACUGGAAGGACGAGGUCAACGCGAACCCGCAGCUCAACCCAGGGCAUGCCUCCGGCGUGGACCUCUUCACGCAAACGGAUCUCCUCCAGCUCCUUUGCUGCCCGGGCCACGAGGCCUCCUUCGGCUCGACCUCGUGCUUUAACUUCAAGGCCUACAAAACGUGCUGCAUCAAAACCGACCCCUUCCCGUACUACCUCGAGGCCUUCCCCGUGCGGAACUACUCGAAGCCGACGCUCAACCUCUGCGACGUGGACCCGUGGCACGGCCUCUCCAUCCUCGCGUCCCUCUCGCCGGAGCUGCCCGCGCUGCUCGUCUCGGGCGCCUCCCACCACGCUUGGACGCACCCGUCGCUGCCCACCGACCAGCCCUCGGUGGUUGCAGCGCGCAAGGCGGUCCGGAGGCAGCUGGCGGCUUGGCUCGGCCUCUAGGGCGAGCGAGCGAGGCAACGGAUCGCUCUCCUUCGCGCUGCGCGUGUGUGUGUGGUCAGCCCGUCCUUUUCUACCAGUUUUGGGGCGGGGGGGCUGGCCGCUCCAAGAAGACUUGAAUCG